ACUAUCGAUACGUGGCUCAAUGUUUAUCAACGAUCUACCUACGUCACAACAUCAGUUUUAACGAAAGUAUGGUGCAAAAACGUGUGUUCGUUACUGUUGGCACUACAAAAUUCGAUCAUCUAGUAAAAGUGGUUUGCUCCGAAGAAGUGUUACGUGUUCUCAGGUCAAGAGGUUUCACUGAUAUGUGCAUUCAGAUUGGAAAUGGAGCAAUGGUUUCAAACAUCAGCACUCAAGAAGGAAUUUCUGUUGAGUAUUUUCGGUUUAGGGAUAGUUUGCUUGCAGAUAUAAUGAAUGCAGAUUUAGUUAUAAGUCAUGCUGGAGCUGGUAGCUGUCUUGAGAUACUUGAAGCUGGUAAGCCACUUGUAGUGGUUAUAAAUCAACAGCUGAUGGGUAAUCAUCAACUUGAACUUGCAAAACAGCUACAUGCUGAUGAACAUUUAUAUUACAGCACAUGUGAAAAUCUGAAAAGUGUGUUAGAAAAUAUGAACUUAGACAAGUUAAAACCUUUUUCUCAUGGAAAUGCUGGUAUUUUUGCAGCAUACCUUAAUAGUGUAUUUGGUUUUAGUGAGUAUAAUAAUGAAACAUAGAUUUCUGGAGUAUUUCAGCACUGCCUCAGGGAGUUCAGCUCAAUGAAGCAUUGGGAUUCAUGAAGGUGUACCAGGUAAAGGAACAAUAUUGGUGUUAGAAUUGAGACAUACACAGUGUAUAUGCAAGUAACACAAGAACUCAGUUUCGGUCUGCAUUAUGAAUGAUCAAGUUACAUUCCACAAAAUGUUAAAUAUAAUAAUCACCAGUGACAUUUUUACUAUAGAAUAUUAUGAAUUUUAUUAAUGUCAAAAUAAUAUAAAAACAUUCAUACUUAAUGUUUUGAAUAAAUGUAAUAAACUGAAUAAAUAUAAUAUUAGUAACAUA